AUGGAAGAAUCACCUGCGGAUGCAGCGGCGAGAGCCUCCGGUCGCCCUCGGGUGGAUUUAGAGGCGCAGAAGGCUGAGAUCAUUGGCUUGUUUGAGAACAAAAUGUCGAGCGCGGACAUCUGCAAACACCUGAAAGCACAGCAUGACAUUCAGAUCUCUUCAAGGACGAUGACUAAACGCCUGCAGCGUUGGGGAGUGAAAGAGAAGAAAGAAAACAAUACGUCCAAUCAGGUGCUCCAUGCUCGCAUCAAACAUCUCUUUUUUGAGGUGGGUCUUUCGGACCAAGAGAUCAUCACAGUUCUACAUGACGAAGGAUACGAAGUCUCUCAGCGGACCCUACGAAGACUCCGCCACCAACUGGGAAUUCGCCUUCGACUUGAUUCACCUGCGCAGCAGCAGGCACAGGUCCAAGAAAUUCUCGAUGCACUGACCGAGGAAUUGGACAAAGGCACUAUUGAGGGAUAUGGCAAGGAGCUCUUGCACAACCACUUCCGUAGCAAGGGCUAUGUUUUCGCCCGUGACCGUCUGUACAAUGUCUACCGCAUGUUGCGCCCUGAUAACGUGGAGCGCCGCACGAGCGACUUCCAGCGCCGUCCUCCCCCGCCUAAGAUUCUGGCCGGCCCCAAUCUAACCUGGCAUGUCAACGGGUAUACUAAGCUGGCCAACUUCGGCUUCCGUAUUCACGCCGAGAUCGACUCCUUUUCACGAUUUGUUCUCUGGAUCAAUGUCGGUGUCGACGCUCACACAGCAACGGGGGUGCUCAAGCACCAUCUCGAAUCGGUUACUGCCAAAGCCCGCCAACCGCGAACUCUCCGAUCUGACCUGGAAUCCGAAGUUCCCCUUCUAGCCGACGCGCACUUCACGCUCCGUCGUGCAACCGAGCCAAACGUCCAGCGUGAUCAAUGCUGCGCGCCGGGACGAGCCCACGAUACGCACCGCAUUGAAUCCUGGUGGGCCCAACUUGCCAAAUCAGUAGUAACUCUCUACCACAACUACUUCCGCCAACUACACAGCGAAGGACUCUUCUCAUCAACCGUAGUUCCAGAACAAGUGGCCCUCUUCGCUAUCUACAUGCCCAUUCUCCGAAGCCACAUCCAAUCCUAUGUCCAAACAUGGAACAUGCACAACAUCCGCAAACAAGCAAACCACCCAGAGCGCGCCCCAGGCAAACCCUUCAUGAACUUCCACCACCCCCCAAAGGGCGUAGAAAAUUUCGGCCUCCCCGUCGACACACCCACCGUCCAAGCCAUGCAACAAACUCACACCGCCUACGACACAGAUGAGUAUCUUCCCCCAGACACAAUGCGCUGGUGCGAGGCACAGCUCCAGGACCUAGGAUUCGAUCCUCAAGCCCCGCCCGCCCGGUUACCUGGUGACCUCCAGCCGUUCCGUUCUGUCUACUUGGCUCUCCGGGAGAGGGCGUGGCGACAUGAUCGGUUGGGCGCGGAGCCUAAGCUGGCUCUGUGUAUGCCUGGUCAGAGUUUGCAUGGGUAUAUGCCGCAGUCUCGGUAG